AAAAAAAAUCCAUUACCGUUCUUGCUUCCAUCAUCUUCUACCUGGCCCUUUGGAUAUUGCUGUCAGACUUUUCGACCAUAUUAAGCAGCGUUCAAUAGGACAUUCAAGCUUGAAACAGUCGGAGUACUCACAGGCAAUGUCUAUGGGAUAGGGAACUAACUGUGGGCGGGAGAUUGUUUAUGUAAAUCAGUAGUACGGAUUGGUCGCCAAAAAUUUAAAGCCAAGAUUCGAAACUAAAGCUUCUGCAGAAUAAGUAGAGGUAUAAUAUACUACCUAUUUUUCUUCAAAUCAGCGAGCUUCACGUUUUCAAUUUAAGAGAUGUUUGCUGUGGCUGGAAGAACUCUUACUGGUUGUUUUCUGGCGUGUUUUAUCAUCCUUAUGCUGGCAGGAAACAGUGAUGCAUGGAGAAGAAGAAGAAGACGCCGUGCUCCACCACCCCCUCCUCCACCACCUCCUGAUCGAACAGCACCGACAUUCACAUAUUGUCCGAAUGGUCUCGGCAAUCAGUAUACCACAACGACAUCGAUGACCGUCUCGUGGAGAACGCCUACGGCGACUGAUAAUAGAGGUCAUGCCUCUGUUUCACUAACAUCUGGUUCUGGUCCUGGAUCUACCUUCUCGCCUGGUUCUCAUUCGAUAAGAUAUACAGCCAGGGACAGUGCCGGGAAUCAAGCAACUUGUACCGUCAGCUUUACGGUCAUUGUUAUUAGAUGUUUAUCGCUGAGUAGCCCUGCCCACGGUGCCAUCUCCUGUACGAACUCCAUCAAUGUUGGAUCCAUCUGUACCUAUUCCUGUACAACAGGCUAUAAGCUUUCAGGCGGAUCGGUGGCAAGAUCUUGUUCACGUUCAGGGAAUUCAGGCCUCUGGACUGGAUCUGGUUCGGAAUGCAUCCGUGUAACGUGUAGCGCCCUCUCCAGUCCAUCCAGUGGCCAACUCACCUGUACUGAUGGCAGUUUCUACAGCAGUCGAUGCAGCAUAUCUUGCAACAAUGGAUAUACAUUGCAAGGCAGCUCUUCCCUCUUGUGUGGACAGUCUGGAAGUUGGUCAGCUGGAGUCCCAUCCUGUGCAGAUACUGCUGCACCAGCCUUCACCCGCUGCCCUUCAUCUCAGACCGUCUAUGCUCCGUCGCUCUCCUCCCGCGCUACGGUCAGCUGGGCAUCACCUUCAGUUUCCGACAACUCCGGGGAAUCUAUUACCCCGAGCCCGUCAAGUAGCUCAAUCAGAUCUGGAAGUUCUCAUGCAGCAGGCACGUAUUCUGUAACUUACAGUGCUGUGGAUAGUUCUGGAAACGAAGCCACUUGCCGGUUCUCGGUUACUGUUACAGUCAUACAUUGCAGCAGUCUCUCUGCAUCUGCCCCACUCCAAGUGACCUGUCCGAAUGGAGCGAUACGAGGCUCGGUCUGUACUUUUGACUGCAGUGUGGGAUACAGACUUCAGGGUCAAAGGUCCACGGAAUGUCAGAAGACGGGGUCAGCGGGGUCAUGGGACCAGCCCUCGCCAACCUGCCAGAUUCUUCAAUGCCCUACCUUGGUUGCACCUAGUCAUGGCAGAAUUGUAGGAGAUUGCUCGAGGAACUAUGGCUCCAGGUGCAACGUUGCGUGUGACAUCGGCUACGAGAUAAGCAACGGUGCUCAGCAGUGCAGUGCCCAAGCAGGAAGUACUGAUGCAUUCUGGGUCGGCUCAACACCCACUUGCACAAGGAUAUACUGCAGGAAGCCAGUGCUUACCACCGCUCUUCAGAUCAUAACCAGCCAGGCCUGCCCCACUGGUGAUCAGGUCCCUUCUGGCAAUCAGUGUCGGUUCUCCUGCAGUGAAGGGUACUAUCUCUCAGGAAAUGCUGCCCUCACUUGUCAACAUGAUCGAACCUGGAGUCAAGCAGCACCAACGUGUCACUUGAUUACCUGUGCCGGGAGUGAUCUGUCUCCUCCAGUCAACGGUGAGAAGCGCGGAUGCUCCUCCUCCCGGGAGAAUUAUGGAACAGUAUGCACCCUGGCCUGCGGUACGGGGUACCUACCGGCCACGCCCGUUCAAAGAACCUGUUCAGAUGACGGUAACGGUGAUGGGGACGGGGUCUGGACGGGACCUGAUCUCACCUGCAUAAUUGUGACCUGCCCCGCCCCUGCCACACCCAGCAACGGUCGAGUGACUGGAUGCCUGUACCAAGGUUCAUCGCAGGGAGUAGACGAGAGACAGAAGUACAGCUCAACCUGUAGCAUGGUGUGUUCUCAAGGUUUCAGUCAGACCGGAGGGUCAUCUACCACAGUCUGUCAGGCAGAUGGACAGUGGGAUGGGCAACAGAUCAUUUGUCAAGACACCACACCUCCUGUUUUUGUGUGCCCAUUCAACAAGCGUCUUUUUGCCGGGGAAGACAGUUCUAGUGCUCCAAUACUGUGGAGUGAAUGGGAACCAGUCAUGGGUACUGAUCGAGGUGCCCCUUUACCUGCUACCCUAUACGCAAUAGACUCGGUAGAGGUAGGGUCUUCCAAACCAAACGUCCUUGUGGAAGGAACUCACAGGGUUACAUACAGAGGGACGGACCUUGCGGGACACUCUGCUACAUGCUCCUUUGACAUUGAAAUAGCAGUGUCAAGAUGUGCACCCGUUCCGCUCCCUGAGCAUGGUUCAGUAGCUCUCCUGUCCGGGAAUGGUCGAUGUGAAGAUGGACCCAUCUUUGGAGCAGACUGUCGAGUGUCAUGUGAGGCAGGUUACCGACUCUCAUCAGACACGGAUCAUAUUGACAGAGUUUGCCAGAGGCUCACUGACACAUCACCAAUCGGCUACUGGACAGGGCAGAAUGAGAUAUGCAAUGUGAAAAACUGCACAGUUCCUGCUGUCAUCAAUGGAUUCACUGAAGACUGCUCCAGGCCCAAGGUCUCUUAUCAAACAACCUGUCAUUUUCACUGUCAACCUGGGUAUAGCACGCCCUCUGGAGUUGAGUCUGUCACUCGGACCUGCCAGGCUGAUGAGACAUGGAGUGGACAAGAUCUUCAAUGCACAGUUACAAAGACCUGUCCUGCAUCAUUUGAUAUUGACCAUGGGAGUGUGAACCCACCCGAGUGCGAGUCAUCGGAUACUGUACGAUUUAAUACCAGGUGUGAAUUCGCGUGUGAUGCGGGUUACCAGAUACAGGGUCCGAGUGCUCUUGCCUGUAGCACCGAUGGGGUGUGGAAUCAUGAUGUCGUACCAUACUGCAAAGACAUCCAGCCCCCAUCAUUCAGGGGACCUUGCCCUCAUGAGGUCACACUAACUGCUCAACCAGGGACUCUGGAGGCUAUGGUAGACUUUGAGGAACCAAUUCCAAUCGAUAAUUCUGGCCUAGUCAAUCUCACAAGGCUAGUUCCUGAUCAUGGCCCAGGGAGCACCUUUGAAGAAGGUGAUACAACUAUUGGUUACCUAGCAACAGACUCCAGUGGAUUAUCGUCCAGAUGUGAUGUAGUCAUAACAGUUCAAGUGUACAGAUGUGCCCCUCAACAACCUCCUCUCCAUGGGAGUGUAGCAGGAUGUCCUGAUCCCUUCCAUGGCUCUGAAUGUCAUUUCUCUUGCGACGUAGGUUAUGACUUGAUUGGGCAAGAUACUCUGUCAUGUGAUCUGUCACCUGACACUGUCCCAGUAUGGAAUCAUGACAGACCAGUUUGUCAGAUACGGACAUGUCCAGUGCUGGUCGUUGAUGAUCCGGCCACACUGACCGGGUGUGGUCAACUAGGGGAGAGUGUUCCUUACGGGUCAGUGUGUACAUUCCACUGUCCAUUUGGUUACGAUGGGGAAGGGGAUAGAGCGAAGAGGUGUCAGGCCGAUAGAACAUGGAGCAGCACUGAUUUUACCUGCAAUCGUAAAUCCUGUCCAGCUCUUGUGGAGACGUCAAAGAUAUCGAUCGAACCUGAAUCUUGUCUAUCGGACCCAUGCUUUGAGGAUACAUGUAACCUUGCAUGCAGGACUACAGGGUUUGAGAUAAGCCCUUCCAGUCUUAGAGAGAUCAUGUGCUCUGGGAACCAAACCUGGACUAAAGACAUAGGCGAGGCCCAGUGUAUAGAUGUGGAGGCCCCUACUUUUGAUGAAUGCCCUGCUGACAUUGUAGUUUACACUGAGAGGGGUAUGAAUGAGACCAAUGUCCGGUGGUCUGUCCAAGCAUCAGAUAACAGUGGCAGUGACCCUCAAGUGACCUGUGACCUCUACGCUGGGGUCAUGACUGCGGGCACAUAUGCAGUCACCUGUAUAGCAAGAGAUGAGACCGGGAAUGAAAACAUCUGCAGGUUUUCAUUAGAUGUCAUUGUACGUAAAUGUCAAGAACCAUAUGAGCCUCCUUUGUUUGGAACCCUGGUCGGGUCAUGUGACAGGUCACAUGGUUCUGUGUGUCACCUGACCUGUCUGGUUGGUUAUUCAUUGGUUGGUUCAUCUGAAGCAAGCUGCGAGUUUAAUGGAACAGACAUGUACUGGAACACAGAGGAAGAUCCAUACUGUCAAGUUAUUGGUUGUGACCCAUUGGUCGUAGAUUCCAGCCUUUCUGUUUCUCCGUCAUCAUGUAUAUCAUCAGACAAAGUGCAUUCUGGGACAACUUGCACACUUCAUUGUGAUCUUGAUCUCACACUUGAUGGGGCACUUGAAUCAGUGACCUGCUUAGAAUCUGGUCACUGGAGCUCUGAUUUGGGUACUGUCGGUCAACUAAGAUGCCUUGAUCUCACAGCUCCGACACUCACAUCCUGUCCAGUUGAACCUAUCACGGCCAUGCGCACUGAAUUCUGGGGAGUGGAAGUGACCUUUGACCUCCCUAAUGCAGCAGACAACAUCGACAGUGAUCUUACCAUGAUAACAGAUCCCAUUGACCUAACGUCGCCCUACAACUUCACGACCGACACCACGUGUAGUUUCUCCUUUAGUGACCAUUCAAACAAUACAGCUACUUGUGUCUUCCAAGUUUAUGUGACCAAUAAUGUUCGGCCAGUCGUGCGAUUCUGCCCACCAGACCAGAACAUCACCACUUUGACGAAGAUGACAGCGGUUAAAUGGGACGAUCCUGUGUUCCUAGCUCCUCCGGGAAUUGACAUCAUUGAGAACUGUAACCAUAACCAAAAUUCUGCUCUGCUUCCGUGGGGUCACCAUGCCAUCUUGUAUCAGGCCAGUGACGGCAUGAAUGGAUUGAAGGCAGAAUGUCGUAUCAACGUGGACAUUGAACCUGUACCCUGUCAUAAUCUCCACAUCCCUGCAAACGGUGCAUUGGCCUGCGAUGAUGGCUUUGCAUACGGACGCUACUGUACAAUGGUUUGUAACAAGGGUUAUGACAUCCCUCGUCUGAGGUCCUCCGACUCGCCCCAGACACUCUUCAUUUGUGGCUCCUCCGGAGUUUGGUCCCCUCACUCCAAUGUACCAGAUUGCUCACGACGACGUAACCCAAGGCGUAUGAACCUUCCUCUGAGCAUGAUGUACUUCGAAGGAUUAUGUGGCAGUGGUGACAACCAGUCGGUGAAUGCCAUCUCAGAGAAGUUUGUGAGCAUCAUCACCCAGACAGACUUUGCUGAGAUCUGCACCCUGAACCUGCUUUGCAAGGUCGACCAUGUCAGGGUCACGUGCGGACGAGGGAACGAUCGUCAGAAACGUGAUGCCAGUACAGAGAGGUUGGGAGAGGCGUCUGGCAUUGCUGCUGUAUCAAUGGUUCUGAGUAUGGUGUUGGGUGAUGAUCUAUCUGAGAAUAAGCAAAACCAGACAGAGUUCAUGUACCAGUUAGCACAACACAUCCAUGACCACACCCAAGAUGCUUUAUUUGGUGGCAGCGGUGGGAUAUCAGAUGAAGAGACUCAAGCUGGUCCAUUGCAUGGUGUCAGGAGUGGGAUUUCAGACGAAGAUACUCAAGCUGGUCCAUCAUAUGGUGUCUGGAGUGGGAUUUCACAUGCAGAGACUCAAGCUGGUCCUAUUUAUGGUGUCAGGAGUGGGAUUUCAGAUGAAGAUACUCAAGCUGGUCCUAUUUAUGGUGUCAGGAGUGGGAUUAGAAGAAACUCACUGGUGUCUGCAGGCAGAGACCUUGAUCUGUGGUUUGAUGAGAUCACCUCUGAAUGUGACCCUGGAUACAUUCCAGAUCAUCGUCAUCACUUCUGCAUUGCCUGUCCCACUGGGCACUACUUCCUUCACUCAUCUGGAGAUUGUGUUGAAUGUGAAAGGGGCUUUUAUCAAGAUGAACAAGCUCAAAGUCAAUGCAAGCCAUGUGCGGAGGGAACCUUUACCAGGGAGCCGGGAGCAAGGAGUGCUGCCGAUUGUGAAGUGCAAUGUCAGCCUGGGUACCAUUCCUCAUCUGGUUUUUCUCCCUGCAUCCCUUGUGAAGAGGACUGGUUCUUACCCCUGAGAGGUCACUCCGAAUGUUUUCAGUGCCCGAACGGACUGUCGUCUCCAAGUGGAUCAACGUCACUUCAGGACUGUCAAGAGCCGUGUUCAUCGGGUCACUAUUCGGCAUCAGGAUAUCAACCGUGCUUACCUUGUCCGCCAGGCUCAUACCAACCAUUCAGAAAACAGACACAUUGCAAGGUCGGACUGUAAGAUACAAGACGGACAUGGUACCUAAGGUUCAAAGUAUACCAUAGAAUGCACGAUGCAGGAGUAAUUAGGGGAAGCAAUCUACCUGUAUUGUUGUUUUACAAUAAAACACUCCUUUUUAAAUGAAAUUUUAAAGGGGAGGUCAUGGAGCAAACACAUGAACUUUGGUUUGUAAGGCUUGCGCCUAUCCUCAAGUGGAGAGCUACACAUCAGCAUUGGAAUGGACACAGUUUUAAAGUCUGACAUACGAGCGGGGUGCUUCCACAAAUUAAGAAAUAGUAAUCUAUCAACCAGAAAUCAAGUUUAUAAUCAUGAGAGCAAACAAAGGAACAGGAAAUGACAAGGGAACGAUAAGCUAUGAAAGUUGUAGAGGACCCCCAUUGGCUUACAAAUGUCAAUUUACAAUAUGGGAAUGGAACUGAUACUGGUUCAGUUCAUGUCUAAAGAGCUAACAGUGGCUAACAUGUUAUUUUUCAUUUAAAGAUAUUACAAUGUGACUUGUAUGAUACAGCAAUUUUCCUCUUAAAAAAACAUGUACUGUACAUGUAUGAAUGAAUGUGUCUCAUGAAUGAUGCACUACAUGUAGUAGAAUAUUUUCAUAUUUUUAGUGAAAAUGGCAUUUGAAAAUGAUUGUCACAUGACAUGUGGAUGGGUGGUAUCACAUACAUGUAUUUGACAGAUCCACAACUCUUAUUAAU